AUGGAGCAGCUUGUCAACUUCAUUAUAAGACCACCCAGGGCUGAGUACAAUCCGAAAAAUGAUUUGUUAGAUGACGAAUUUGUGUUAAAAGGCAAGUGGUACCAGAGGAAAGAUUUAGAGGUUGUAAAUAGUCGUGGGGAUACUCUACAGUGUAGCCAUUACAUGCCUAUUGUUCGUCCUGAAGGAAAUCCACUGCCCUGUGUGAUUUACUGCCAUGGAAAUAGCGGUUGCCGAACAGAUGCUAGUGAAGCUGCUAUUAUAUUGCUGCCAUCAAAUAUAACCGUUUUUACCCUUGAUUUCUCUGGCUCGGGACUAUCUGGAGGAGAGCAUGUCACCCUGGGCUGGAAUGAAAAGGAUGAUCUGAAAGCUGUCGUUGAUUACCUUCGUGCAGAUGGGAACAUUUCCUUAAUUGGUUUGUGGGGCCGCUCUAUGGGUGCUGUUACCAGCUUGAUGUACGGAGCUGAUGAUCCUUCAAUAGCGGGAAUGGUGUUGGACAGCCCCUUCUCUGAUUUGGUUGACUUGAUGAUGGAACUUGUUGAUACUUACAAAGUCCGCAUUCCUAAAUUCACUGUUAAGUUUGCUAUCCAGUAUAUGCGGAGAGCAAUUCAGAAAAAGGCAAAAUUUGACAUAACGGAUCUGAAUGCUAUCAAGGUUGCAAAGUCUUGCUUUGUUCCAGUUUUAUUUGGCCAUGCCACUGAUGAUGAUUUCAUACAACCACACCACUCUGAUCGCAUAUUUGAUGCUUAUGUGGGUGACAAGAAUAUAAUCAAAUUUGAGGGAGACCACAACUCCCCCCGCCCUCAAUUUUAUUUUGAUUCUAUUAGUAUAUUCUUCAACAAUGUGUUACGCCCUCCAGAGGAUGAAGUAGGGAGUGCAUAUUUUGACUUAACUCAUCAUUAUGUUCCCAAGGGUAGUUGGAGUAAUAUCCAAGAGUUGGAGAUUUCAGAUGACUUGCUCGAUUCACCAACUGGUCCGGAAACUAGCAGUAGCACCGAGGACGCUAUCAGGAAACUUCGCUCCAGAAGGCCUAUGAGUAUGAUGGUGGUUCCUUCAGAUAUUUCAUCAAAAGACAAACAGCCUGAUGUGCAGGUGGAUAGCCGGGGUUCGGAUUCUGAAGCAUCAUCGUCUAAUAUGAUUAGCUUUGAACUCUCGGGUCUCAAUCCUCAUGGUUCUCAUGUGCCUCUAUCAAUAAAUGACGAUGAAUAUGUAGAGUACCCACUUGAUACUUUGGCAGAUUUCCCGAGUAAUGUUGAAGAAGAAGAAAGGAUGCUGAUGGUGGCUGUGCUCGAGUCCCUUAAGGACAUGAAAACGAAAAGCCCUCCAGUUGAAGAACUAUUAUCCAUCGGUGGUGAUAAACCUGAACCCAAACUAUCACCAAUCAAUUCCGUCCUUCAAGUCGACUCCGCAAAACCCGAGCCAGCUUCCAUGUCAGCAGCUGAAGAGAAUAGUAAACCAGCGUCCAAGAAUCUGGAAAGUGAUGCGAAACAAACUUGUGUUCCUAGUGACCCAUCAAUGCAUAUAGACACAAACAGUAAUAAUCCAAAGGAGCCCUUCAUUGUAUUUGUAAAGCAGCCACAUUAUUCAGAUUCAGGUGGAGAAACAAAUGAGGCAGUAAAGACAUCCGGUGAUGAUAAGAAUAAGCAGCUGCCUAACCAGGCUGAUGUGGCGGACCAAACGACAGUCACCGUAAAAGUUGAGAAGAAUCAGACAAGCAUGAUGGAUGGAUUAUUACGCCGUUGGGAUCUCAGUUUUUUCCGUAACAGAUAA